AUGAAGUUUUCGUUGGCAAUCUCCUUUUUUAUUUUCAUGUCCUUGUGGGUUGAAGAAGCUUGUUCUAAAGAAAAAUCUUCCAAGAAAGGGAAGGGGAAAAAGAAGCAGUAUCUGUGCCCAUCUCAGCAGUCACCAGAGGACCUUGCACGUGUGCCCCCCAACUCCACCAGCAACAUCUUAAACAGGCUGCUGGUCAGCUAUGAUCCCAGGAUAAGACCAAACUUCAAAGGCAUUCCUGUUGAUGUAGUAGUCAACAUUUUUAUUAAUAGUUUUGGAUCCAUACAAGAAACAACCAUGGACUAUAGAGUUAACAUUUUCUUGAGACAGAAAUGGAACGACCCCAGGCUCAAGCUCCCUAGUGACUUCAGAGGUUCAGAUGCACUGACAGUAGAUCCAACAAUGUACAAGUGUUUGUGGAAGCCUGACUUAUUCUUUGCAAAUGAAAAAAGUGCCAAUUUUCAUGAUGUAACCCAAGAAAACAUCCUAUUGUUUAUUUUUCGUGAUGGAGAUGUCCUUGUGAGCAUGAGGUUGUCUAUUACUCUUUCAUGCCCUUUGGACUUAACUCUGUUUCCCAUGGAUACACAACGCUGCAAGAUGCAACUUGAGAGCUUUGGUUAUACAACUGAUGACUUGAGAUUCAUCUGGCAGUCAGGAGAUCCUGUUCAGUUGGAAAAAAUUGCUUUACCUCAAUUUGAUAUUAAAAAAGAAGAUAUUGAGUAUGGCAACUGUACAAAAUACUAUAAAGGCACUGGCUACUACACUUGUGUGGAAGUCAUCUUCACCCUGCGGAGACAGGUUGGGUUCUACAUGAUGGGCGUUUACGCACCAACCCUGCUGAUUGUGGUACUCUCCUGGCUGUCCUUCUGGAUCAACCCUGAUGCCAGUGCUGCCAGGGUGCCCCUGGGCAUCUUCUCAGUGCUCAGUUUGGCCUCAGAGUGCACCACCCUUGCUGCAGAGCUUCCCAAAGUAUCUUAUGUGAAGGCACUGGAUGUGUGGCUCAUUGCCUGUCUGCUCUUUGGGUUUGCUUCCCUGGUGGAGUAUGCUGUUGUCCAGGUGAUGUUGAACAAUCCCAAAAGGGUUGAAGCUGAAAAGGCCAGAAUUGCCAAGGCUGAGCAAGCAGAUGGGAAAGGUGGAAAUGUAGCAAAGAAGAACACCGUGAAUGGCAUGGGGACUCCGGUCCAUAUCAGCACUCUGCAGGUCGGUGAGACCAGAUGCAAAAAAGUUUGUACUUCCAAGUCUGAUCUGAGAUCCAAUGACUUCAGCAUUGUUGGAAGCUUACCAAGAGAUUUUGAAUUAUCCAAUUAUGACUGUUAUGGAAAACCCAUUGAAGUCAACAAUGGACUUGGGAAAUCACAGGCUAAGAACAACAAGAAGCCUCCUCCUGCCAAGCCGGUUAUUCCAACAGCAGCCAAGCGAAUUGACCUUUAUGCAAGAGCACUAUUUCCUUUUUGUUUCUUGUUCUUCAAUGUUAUAUAUUGGUCUAUAUAUUUAUGAUGAACCAUUUCCAUUUGUAUGAAAUACAAUACCAUUUCAUUGUGACCAAUGCAAUUCAUAAUUGCUGAUCUGUGAAAAUUUUGCAUUUUCAUGGCAAUAUAUUGCAUUUUGGAUGCCACUUAAUUAUAAUAAAAUACAGCACCUUACUUUUGAAUGGCAGCAUGAUCCUGUAACGUCUCUGCUCCAAAUGAGGUAGAUAGUUAGAUAUAUGUAUAUUGAGCAUAGUGCUUUAGGAAUCAAUGAAAA